CCUGCAUCCUCCCCCAAGCUGACGACACACCCUCUUGAGGAGAAGAAAUGGUAAAGCUUGAUUUUUCUCUUCCUUUCUUGUUUAAUCACAAGAAUUAGGACCUAGAAGCCUCCUGAAGCAAGAAAAAAUCCCAGAUCUAGCUGCCUUCCUCCUCCUCUGCCGUCGAUUUUAGCUUGGUGUGGGUGUGAAUUUUCGGCUUUUCUGUGAUACCCGAUACAUAGGGAGCCGAGGGAGUGACGAGCUAGACGGCUAAGCAUUACAUUGGAUUUAGAUCUUUUGGAGUUAGGCCGCUAGUCUCACAUGGUUGACUCAAAUAACCAUUUUUGUGUACAGAGUUUCCUUGGUUAUAGCCAUGACCGUUUAUAAACUUUUGUAUAUUUGGAAUAGUAAAUUUUUUGAUAAUGGAAAGUUAGAUUUUACUUGAGUUUUAGAUUUGAAUUAUCUGAAUUGGAAAUUAAGAACUCAGUAAGUUCCGAGUCUUGUGCAUUCGUGGGACCCGUUUACGAGUGCACGGCAUCUGUCACGUCUCCGGAUUUGGGUUCUGGGGUGUGACAGAUUUAGUGGUAUCAGAGCCUAGAUGGCUUUGAAACGGCAUGGGCGCCCAAGGAGCAGCCGUAAGGACUCGGGCACUCCUCUGAUCCCAGCUGCCAAUCCCCCUGCCCAAGCUGCUCCUCAGGAGGGAGGGACGAGCAACCCUCAAAUGGCCACUUUCUUUCAGGAAUUUAUGGUGGAGAUAAGAUGCCAAGCAUCUCCUGCCACAAGUGUGCCACCUCCGUCCCCAAUGAUUCCCACCCCGGCGGCCCUUGCUCCUAUUUCUCCUGUUCCUAUCUCUGCUGCUCCUGCUGUGCCUAGCUGGAAGAUUUAUAUUGAAUUCCAGAAGGUGGUGACUAGGAGAUUUGAUGGUACAGCGGGUUUUGAGCAAGUAGGGUCAUGGUUGACCGAGGUGGAAAGGGGGUUCCGCCUACUGAAGGUUUCUGAUGACCUUAAGGUGGAUGUGGGCAGCUAUAUGCUUACAGGUGAUGCAUUAACUUGGUGGGAGACUUAUUUGAAGCUACACCAAGGGGAGCCUGAAUUAAAUCUAAAACAAGGGUCACGUACUGUUGAGCAGUACAAGAAGGAGUUUGACCGCUAUCUGCCUUUUGUGGGUGGUCAAGUCGAGGAUGAGCAAUCCAAAGCUGAUAGAUUUUUGUGGGGCUUGAAUCCUGACAUCUACCUGGCGGUGAAUCAAUUCAAACCUGCCACUUAUAGAGAGGCAGCGGACAGAGCCAUAGAUCAGGAGAAGGCUAUGGCUAGGGUCAAGACACAAGAUCCACAAAAAGUUGGGUCAUCUUUUAAGAAGAGAAAAUUUGAUGAGAGUCGUAGACCCUCAAUCUCUGCACCGCCUAGGUCUAAUACCGACGAGGCUUCUAAAGAGCUAAGGGUUGCCAAGACCGUGGGUCAAGCAUCAGCAGCCCAACGUACUCAACCUGCUCCACCUAUUUGCCACACUUGUGGAAGAGUGGGCCACACCCGCGACCAAUGUCGCGUUUUUACGGGGGCUUGCAACAGAUGUGGCAAGCAGGGACAUCGGGUUGCAAAUUGCCCGCAGCCGGACCCUACAGCUCAGAGUACUCAAACUGCAUCUCCGCAAGGUUCUACGAAUCAGGAGGUGCAGAAACAAAAUAUCAGGGUUAGGACAAGAGCCCAGCAGGCGAGAGUUCACGUGAUGACUCAUCAGGAAGCUGUGGCUACCGACGUAAUCAUGGCCACUUUCGAGUUCUGCUCAUUUUCUUCUUUCACGUCCCCUGCAUCCUCCCCCAAGCUGCCGACACACCCUCUUGAGGAGAAGGAAUGGUAAAGCUUGAUUUUUCUCUUCCUUUCUUGUUUAAUCACAAGAAUUAGGACCUAGAAGCCUCCUGAAGCAAGAAAAAAUCCCAGAUCUA